AGGUUAUACGAACGAAGGGAAAAAUAGUCACAAUGGCCCUCUCAACACACGCAAUGUCGCAUAUCCGCCGCUACUCAACACGCAUGCCACGCGACCCUCACUACCGCCUCAAAGCCUCGCUCGCAACCAGCUACGUUGUGACUGCUUGUGCACUGCCUUUUGUGCCACCGCUGCUUGAGACGAGGAGAGCAAAGGCAGAUGGAAGUUGGAUGACAAAAGAGAGUAUGCAUUGUUCUUCGCAGUUUCUGGGUUGUCCAAGGUGAAAGCGUGGGUUUUUGGUCACCUUCUUGCAUAUUACUUCAUUCAGGCUUACAACAUAUCCGGCGUUUUAUGGUUUCUUUCUUCGCGCUCUGAUACAACGGUUAGAGUACCGUGAAUUUAUCCCAACAUAUGUCAUUGGGCACAGUU